AAAAGCUCUUUGAGCACAUAUCCACCUUUAGCGGUAUGGGAAAUAGAAAGUAAGCACAUCUUUGACUAGCCUUCAACGCUUUGGAAAUUUUUUGUAGCAUUGUAGCGUACAGGAAAACGAUUGUAAUGGAUUUUUCUUAGUUGCUAUUCAAGCAAAAGAAUGUAUGCUUGGCUUCCUUGAUAGAUGUCCUCUGAAUCCAAUGGGAUUUUCUUUGAUCACUUAAAUAUGAUCUCGAGGAGUGCCAAUGUUUAUCUUCUGCGAGUCUUUCCUUUGAUAUGCUUCUCCAUGAAUUCCUGAAUCCCAUCAUACAAUCGAGAUUGACGAAUUCAUUAACAGCAUAUACUCCUUUUCUUUCCAAGAACCAAGACCAGUUUCCGAAAAGAAUUAUACCAUUUCGUGUAAUCGUAAAGUCUUUUGCUUUCUUUUUAGUUUUUAUUUUUUUAGUUUUUAUUUUUUUAUUCAAAGAUGUUGCUUCCCCUAAAAGAAUCUUUAGAAAUUACUUUGGGUAAGCUUACCAAAGGAGAUACUCUGUUCGUAGCCUACCUUGCUUCCAUUGAUCCUCAUACAAAACAGCCUUGGUGUCCUACUGUACGUGCCGCUUUGCCUGCGUUCAACAAUAUUUUCAACAGUUCGAAAAAACUAAAUUUGGUACAUGUUUACGUCGGGAAUAUGCCACAAUGGAGGACGUCAGAGAAUCUAUAUCGCAAGAAGUUUGGUAUUAGUGCUGUUCCAACUUUAGGAAGAUAUUAUCGUGAUGCUGAAGGAAAUCUUCAAAACUCCUUGCUUGUUGAUUACGAUUGUUUGGACGCCCAAAAAUUGUCCAAAUUCAUCGAAUAGGUACAUCUCAUUGUAAUCCGAGUCAGUACUUAGAAUGACAAUCAUCAUGUUCAAAGUUUGAAAUAAUCUUGGAUCCCAUAGUAAUAAUCGAUGAGUGUAUUUUUGAAUCAAUUGUUUCACAUAGUUUAACAGCUAGUAUAGUUUGCCGAAUUUCAGAUGACAAUAAAUCAAAUAUCCAUAAUAUUUAC